GAAAGCCAAAGUUAUUUGAUAAACAAUUAAAUAAAGCAGCAAAGGAGUUUAAAGUUGAAACGAAACUCAGUUAUAUACUAAAAUAGGUUAUUGAUGCGUCAAUUUGAACCCAUGCCCACGCCAUCGGAGAGCAAACGCGAACCCACGAUCUAAAUUAGUAUGGCAGAGGGUCAGAGCAGUGACGAUUCUGAUGUUGAAAAUCUAAAUGAAUUUUCAGGUGUACUGAGUAAAUGGACGAAUUACAUUCACGGAUGGCAAGACAGAUACAUUGUUUUGAAAAACGGCACGUUGUCAUACUAUAAAAGUGAACAAGAAAGUGGUUUCGGUUGUAGAGGAGCCUUAUCCAUUGCUAAAGCUGUUAUUAAACCGCACGAGUUUGACGAAUGCAGAUUCGAUAUUUCAGUGAACGAUUGUGUGUGGUACAUCCGAGCGAAUUCCGUGGAAAGUAAGCAAAGUUGGGUGGAAGCUUUAGAAUCGUUUAAGGUCGAGUCGGGCUAUGGCACCGGUUCGGAGAACAGCCUAAAACGUCAUGGUUCUACAGUCAGCUUGCAAUCGAACACUUAUAGCACAGCUUCUGGUAGUAGCUUCAAGAAAUCAUCGAGGAACAUUAAGGAGAAACUAGCUGAGAUCGGCACCUUCAAGGACAUAUUAGUUAGACAGAUAGAUACUCUACAAGGCUACUUCGAUUAUUGCGUGAAGAAUGACCUGAAGACAGCCACCAAGGCACCAGAUAAAGAUAAAUUUCCAGUGGUCGAUUUCAAAGGCGAGGCGCUGACGUUCAAAUCGACCACGACGGCUGUGAUAGAAACGCUGGAGCAUUGCGCCGAGUUGAUGACACAGCGGGAAGAGUCUUGGAGGAAGCGGCUGGAAAGGGAGACCGAGAAGCGGAAGCGGGCCGAGGCCUUGUCGCAUUCGUACUUCGUGCAGAUCCAGAAGAUAAGGAAUGUUCAUCCGGGACCGGAUUUGGAGGAAGGACCUCACAGCGUGCUCGCCGACGACGAGUUCUACGAUGCAUUAGAAUCCGGCCUGGAUAAAAUGGAGGAAGAGCAGGAGUUGAGAGAUCGGUUGAAAACCGGUAGCGUUAUACCGGUUACGCCGCCGCCGACUUCUCCUGCUACAAACCACCGACUGUGGCCGGAGAUCGAAAGAAUGGUGGAGGCGCAAGUGAUGAUGGCGAAAAUGGGCAUUGGAGAAUGCGGCUCGGGCUGGCAACUGUUCGCCGAAGACGGCGAAAUGAAGAUGUACCGGCGAGAAGAAGAAGUGGACGGCAUGGUGGUGGAUCCCCUCAAAGCCGUGCACGUGGUCAAAGGGAUAACGGGCCACGAGGUGUGCCAUCACUUCUUCAGUCCGCAGUACAGAUACGAUUGGGAGACCACCUUGGAGCACAUGACAGUAUUGGAGACCAUAUCGGACGAUACGUUGGUAUUCCUGCAAACACACAAGAGAAUAUGGCCGGCCAGCCAAAGGGACGGUUUGUUUUGGUCGCACAUAAGGAAAUUGCCGAACGAAAAAGACAGGGACGGACCGGACAUUUGGACGGUGGUCAAUAAUUCGACCGAUCAUCCGGAUUAUCCGCCGAAUAAUGGAAAAUGCGUUAGGGUGUUUUUGACGGUGUGCUUGCUUUGCCAGACCACAGUGGAUCCGCCGAAAGAGGGAAUGCCCUUAACCAGAGACAAUUUGUCGUGCAAGAUAACUUAUUGUUCCGUCGUAAAUCCCGGAGGAUGGGCACCGGCUUCAGUGCUGCGGGCGGUGUACAAGCGAGAAUAUCCAAAGUUUUUGAAACGUUUUACGGCUUACGUUAAAAAUCAAACGCAAAGCAAACCAAUUAUGUUUUAAUUUAACUCAGGGUCUAUUUUAUUACUCCUUUUUUGUCCAUUGUCUAUUGUAUAAUUAUUACUUAUUAAAAUAUUUAA